CAGUCACUGCGCAUGCGCACGGAAAAGGUGCAACAGUGGCUGGAGAAAAACAACAACAUUCAUUGGAGCAAGGGUGGAACUUAUGGCAGUGCGAGACGACACCAGAUUUCAUUGAUUCAAUCCACAUCGGAGCCCUUUUCCCUUCGGCUUAAUCUGUAAAUGGUGUCGAGCCCAUGAACCUGGCCAGUCAGAGCGGAGAGGCAGGCUGCAGCCAGCUGCUCUUCGCCAACUUUAAUCAGGAUAACACAUCCCUAGCUGUUGGUACCAAGUCCGGGUACAAGUUUUUCUCCUUGUCAUCAGUGGACAAAUUGGAACAAAUUUACGAAUGUACUGACACAGAAGAUGUGUGCAUCGUGGAGAGAUUGUUCUCCAGCAGCCUUGUCGCUAUUGUCAGCCUUAAGGCACCUAGGAAGCUGAAAGUCUGUCAUUUCAAGAAAGGGACUGAGAUAUGCAACUACAGCUACUCAAACACUAUACUGGCUGUAAAACUAAACAGACAGAGACUGAUCGUGUGUUUAGAGGAGUCACUCUAUAUCCACAACAUUAGGGAUAUGAAAGUACUACAUACCAUUCGAGAGACCCCUCCGAAUCCUUCCGGACUAUGUACCCUGUCAAUCAGUAAUGACAACUGUUACUUGGCCUAUCCGGGAAGUGCAACAAUUGGAGAGGUACAAGUUUUUGACACUGUCAAUCUGAGGGCAGCUAACAUGAUACCUGCCCAUGAUAGUCCACUAGCAGCACUCGCAUUUGAUGCGAGCGGCACCAAAUUGGCCACGGCAUCUGAGAAGGGCACUGUAAUCCGAGUGUUCUCCAUUCCGGAGGGCCAAAAGCUCUUUGAGUUCCGGAGGGGAGUAAAGAGAUGUGUGAGCAUCUGUUCCCUCGCCUUCAGUAUGGAGGGACUCUAUCUGUCUGCUUCAAGCAACACGGAGACAGUUCAUAUUUUUAAGCUGGAGACCCAGAGAGAGAAGUCAGUGCCUCAAGAGGAGCCCACUACUUGGACGGGAUACUUUGGUAAAGUAUUGAUGGCCUCCACAACGUAUCUGCCAGCACAUGUGACAGAGAUGUUCACUCAAGGAAGGGCAUUCGCUACAGUCAGACUGCCCUUUUCAGGUCACAAGAACGUCUGCGCUCUGGCCAUAAUCCAGAAGAUCCCACGUCUGCUGGUGGCUGCAGCUGAUGGUUAUCUUUACCUGUACAAUCUGGACCCACAGGAGGGGGGAGAGUGCACACUAAUGAAGCAGCAUAAGUUAGAUGGAAGUGCAGAGCCAGCGAAUGAAAUUCUUGAACAAACAGCUCACGACCGGCCACUUGUGGCACAGACCUACAGUGCUGCUGUUGCCAAAGGUUACACUGAGGAUCAGGGGGCGGUGGGGGGUGCUGGGGUGGAGGAUGACAUGAACACCAUGCACCUGGAUGAAGAGAACGAGCAGCCUCCGUUAAUCCUGGAAACAGACUGAGCUGCUGCCAGUCAUGCCCUGGAUGGAAGAUGGAAGCGACUGAGUGACAUUGCAGAGGGGGCUUCCCUCCUCUGGUGCUGCUAUGGACAUGUGUGACCAGAUAGAGAACGGGAUUAAAAGAGAGAUCAUUUUAAAGCAAGCCUAGCUGUAGCCUUAUUCUGUCUCUUGUUGCGUAUAGAUGUUUCCCUUCCCCCACCUUUGUGGCUUUAUAAAACCAGGUGAACUUUUCUUUUGUUUCCUUUUUUUAAUGCCCAGUUAUGUCCUUAAUCAGACCAAAAUAUGAAAUCCAAGCUGCAGGUGUCACAUUUCUUAGCUUUGCAUGUACAUGUGCCAAGAAUAGAAAUCCUAGAAAACCUUUGCUUUUCAUGUAGAUGGUUCUGAUGUGUUUGCUGACCAUUUGUGUCAUUUUUUGAUUGUGAUUGAAAGCAAACUGGCUUGCGCCACCUGCUACAUCACCACACGACUGUGCAGUGUCUGCAUUGUGGAGUCCCUUACCAAUCAUCAACAUCUGUGGCAAAAUGUGAAUAUUGUCCUGUAAUAAUCUAUAUGACAUGUUAACAUGACGUCCUGGUUACAAUUACUGUUUGAAAAGUGUUUUUAACAGGCUGAGAGGGUUGUUUUUAGUUUUAUCUUGAAUUUCUGCAUCUAUACAUGCACAUGCUUUACAAUACUCUCUUCUAAUUAAUCCUAUACCACAUUAAGGUUAAACAGGCAAUGUGGAGAUCAAAACUUUGUUUGGCUUUGAAUUUCCCCUCGUGUCUUCAUACAGCCUAAUUUCUUUGAAAAAGCUGUAUUAUUUGAAGUCCCAAACACUUAAGCAACCUCAGUAGUAGAACUGAUGAAUGAUGAAGGCAUUUAAUGUAUUGAUUUGAGAAGGAACUAGCCUGUGUUGAACGUGGUUUCAAGAGGCAGCCAGUCAUCAACUGGUUUCUAGGACAUUUUGUUUGAAACCUAAGGAAUGAAUGAAGGAAGUCAUGCCUCGUCCCUUUGAUUUAUUCUCAAUACCAGCAGCUGAUGAUUGCUCAUGAGCCUCAUUUUUGGUAGGUUCCUACUUUGAGGGCCUUGUCCUUUGCAAAGAGAAAAAGCGGAAUAUAUUUCACUAUAAACAUCAAUUUUUAGUAAAAGUUUGCAGCUUUUAUCUUACAAGUGGGGUAUGUUCUCUCAGACAUCCGUAUGGAUGUCAGUCUGAACAGACAGGUCACAUAGUCUGGCAGUUGAACCAGAACAGGUCAAAAGUUUAAAGAGAUAUUCAGGGUUUUUGAAUGUGAUUACCAAAUAUUCACAAUAAUACACAAUGUUAGCCGGUGUGUCCAAAUAAGCACACAGAGCAAACAAAAUACAUAGACAUUCGGAGAUACUGCCUGAAUUCUCGGAGCUCUAAAGAAUCUUGAGAUGAUUUUUCUGCAUGAUUGCCUCUUGAGCAUGUUUUGAUGUUGCUUAUCAACAAAUGUCAGUAAUAAAUUGACUUGUGUCUUCAUCAGCCAAUGAGCUCUCAACCCCUAAGGCCACUUUAAUCUGUUUUCUAAUGAUUUUUGUAUAAAAUGUAAAUUGUUCCAUAUAAAAAAAAUUAAAUAAAACCUCUGUUGAAAAUGUUUAGCAUCUUAUUAGAUUUUCCCCCAUCAUUCCAUAACUAUUUAAAUUCAGUGUAGAAAGUGGUGUACUGAUCUUUUAUGUACAUUAUACAUCUCAAAUUACAUAGAGUUGCAUUGAAAUGAUUGGGUUAACACAGGAAAUAUUCAACAUGUUUAAUCCUUAGCAAGUAAUCAUUUUUAUUUUAUUAGUUUCAAUUGCAGUUUAUUAAAAAUCCAAUGCAAGGUACCUGCAGUAUUUAAAGAAAAGCAAUCAAUGACCAGCACAUAAAUUCAGACAAAAUACUGUUUUUGGUUCAUCCUGAACCACGUCCUAAAUUGUAUCAGUAUACAAUCCUUAAACCACUUACACUUAAUCAAAACAUAAUCUUACUGCAUUAAAA